AUGGAGAGUGAUCCUCUGCUGCUGAGAUAUAGAAGGCUUCCAGAGACGAACCGAAUUCAUCUCUUCAACACCACAUUUUUCUUUCCAGAUUUGGUUAAAUCACUAAGGUUUAGCAAACAGCUAAGAGCUGCUUUUGUGUUUCAGGCCCCUUAUCUGCUGAGAAAUGAGGCUCUCCUUGUCCGCAGAGGGGAAAUUGGAACUAUAACAGACCUGUUGCUUGAUGUGAGAGAUGGUGACAAUCCUCAGGAUGUCAUGUUGAUGGUUUUAGAGCCUCCACGUCAUGGUCAGCUGAUCAAACCUCCCAGGGACUCAGCUUCUUCAAUCUACAUGUUCCACCUCAAUGACCUUGCUGGUGGACUGCUACGUUACGCUCAUGAUGGCUCUGACACCCAGGAUGAUGCGGUUCUUCUGCAAGUGAACGAUGGGUACCACUUCCAGAACAUCCUCUUCCACAUUAAGAUUGCUCCCAAGAGUUACAGAAGCCCUCGGCUGGUGACAAAUUCCCUGGUCUGGGUGCCCCAAGGAGGCAUGCUGCAGAUCUCCAAGACAAUUCUGCACGCUGAGGUACCUGGAGCUCGUGACUCUGAGAUAACCUACAACAUCAAGGACCAACCAAGACAUGGUGAAGUUGUGCUUCUGGUCCCAAUGCCAGCAGAUGGCCCAGCAGAGUCAUGGCAGCUUUUGCCUGAUGGAAGAGCAGCCUCACCUACAACCUCUUUUACCCAGCAGGACAUCAACAAUGGCAUUGUGUGGUACAGGCACUCUGGAACUCAAGUGGAGAGUGACUCCUUCCAUUUUCAGGUGUCCAGCUCUGUCAGUCCCCAAGCUAGCUUGGAAAGCCACAUGUUCAACGUUGCUGUGCUCCCGCAGACACCCAGAGCACCUCAGCUUUCCCUUGGCUCCUCUUUGCACAUGGCUGUUCUGGAGGACCGCGUGACAGUGAUUGAGCCUCAUCACCUCUCCUUUGUAGACCCAGAGAUUCCCAGUGAGAAAAUCCUGUUCAACGUGACUGUCCCUCUCCUUCCUGGCCAAGGUAUUGUGGAGCAUAGAGACAGACCUCUCUCCCCAGUCAGGUAUUUCACUCAAGCAGAUAUAAACCAUGGCAAGAUUGCUUAUCGUCCACCAACUGCAGCUCCACACUUGCGAGAGAUUAUUGCAUUUUCAUUUGCAGGUCUCCCAGAGUCAGUGAACUUCCGAUUCACAGUGUCAGGUGGAGAGCACACAACCCCAGAGAUGGUGUUUGUCAUUCACUUGCUCUCUGCAGAGCAGCAUCCUCCAGUCUUCCAGAUCACAGCUCCUUUCCUGGAGGUCAGCCAGGGGGGCAAGGCCACCAUUGGGAUCCAGUUGGCUGUGAGCGACACAGAUACAGCUCCUGAGGACCUCUUCUUUGAGCUGGUGAAACCUCCCCAUCAUGGCAUCAUGCUCAAGCGUGGUGCAGGUGUGCAGGAGCACAUGAGAGCAGGUGACACCUUCACCUAUGAGGAUGUCACUCGAAAUGCUCUGCAGUACGUGCAUGAUGGCUCAGCAGCAGCAGAAGACAGCAUGGAAAUCUCUGUCACCGAUGGCAUCACCACAGUGACCACAGUGCUGAGGGUGGAAGUGUCCCUGCUGGAUAACAACGGUCCACAGCUGGCUCCAGGCUGCCUGUUGGCAAUCACUGUGGCUAGUAAAAGCUCUGCAACUCUCUCUCGAUUGCACCUUGCUUACACUGACAACAAUUCUCCUGACUCAGAGAUAAGAAUCCAGUUAAUAUCUCUGCCCACGUACGGCACCCUUUUACGGACGUCUGGCUCUCAUGCUGAAGAGCUUUCUAGGGUUUAUAACUUCACCAUGGAAGACAUCAACAACCAGAGGAUCAGUUACUCAACUGUGUUUGAGACGAGCAAUCAGCCAGUUACGGAUGUCUUUCACUUCACUGUUUUUGAUGCUGAUAAUAACCGGCUUGACAGACAGAUGUUUACCAUCACCAUCACGUCUGCCCAGGCAGUACCAUCACUCAUUGUGUUUGCUGACCAUAUCACUGUGGAUGAAGGGGGCAGGGUCCCACUUCUGGCUCAUCACCACUUAACUGCUGAUUAUGAUACUGCUGCCAAGGAAGAUCUGAGGGUCACAGUUAUCACUCUACCUGUGUAUGGCUACAUUGAAAACACUAAGACAGGUGAGAGUUUUGGACCGCAGAGUGCUGUUACCACAGAUGCAUCUUUUUCCAUUCAAGAUGUUCUAGAGAACAGCAUUUACUACUUUCAGAGUGUCCACGAAAGCAUUGAGCCAACAAGUGAUGUUUUCAGCUUUUACGUGAGCGAUGGCUUCAGCCAGUCUGAGGUGCACAGCAUCAACAUCACCAUUCAGCGGCGGAAUGAUGAGCCCCCAAAGAUGGUGUUGGAACCUGUCAGAGUGCAUGAGAGCUCUAGUGUGGUUGUUACCAACUCCUCGCUCAACCUGCAGGACCUGGACACCCAGAAUAGUGAGCUUGUCAUUGUGGUUACCAAAAGUCCUGAACAUGGUCACCUUCGCAGGAGGCAGACAGCUGUGGAGCCCCCAGAGCAUGGACAAGUGCUGUCUCUGGGCUCGUCCUUCACCUACCAGGACAUUUUGGAUGAGCUGAUUGUUUAUUCUCAGAGCGGUGCAGCAGCGCAGACGGAUGAGUUUGGCUUCUCAAUCACAGAUGGUCUCUACAUGCAGACAGGGAAGCUGGAGUUCUCCAUGGAGCUGCCAAAUAAGCAGCUGCCCACAUUGACUGUCAACAGAGUCCUGCAGCUCACCACUGGCUCUGCAGCACACAUCACAGAUCAACACUUGAAAGCAGCAGCUGUGUAUCCAGAUGACACAAUGAUCAGAUUUGUCGUGAAGAGAGAUCCCAGCGUGGGCCGUUUGCAGUUGACUGAUACUGAUAAUCCAGUUGAGAUCUCUGUCAGAGGGCCUGUCAAAAGUUUUACCCAGGCUGAUAUAAAGAAAGAGCAAGUGGUUUACAGUCACAAGAAGGGGGAUCCUGGUGGAAAUUUUGCCUUCACCUUUGAUGUGAUUGAUGCAGAUGGCAACAGACUGAUGGACCAGUUUUUUCAUAUUAGUGUAUUAGAGGACAGAUUCCCUCCCUCCAUCAUCACUAACACAGGGCUGGUCUUAGAUGAGAAUUCUGCAAAGAAGAUCACAACACUGCAGCUCUCUGCCACUGACCAGGACAGUGAGCCAACCCAGCUCCAGUACAAGCUCACCAAGCAGCCACAGCUGGGGCACCUGGAGCAUACGGCCUCCCCAGGGACAAAAAUCAGUUCUUUCAGCCAGACAGACUUGGCCUCUCGCAGCAUCCAAUAUGUUCACACUAGUGACACUGAAAAGCAUACAGAUGCCUUCACCUUCUCUGUGUCUGAUGGAACAAAUGAGGUCAGCCAGACAUUUGACAUCACCAUAAAUCCUGUGGAUGAUUCCUUACCUGUAGUGCAAAGCCUUGGGAUGAGAGUUCAGGAAGGUGUGAGAAAAACCAUCACAGAGUUUGAGCUUAAAGCAACAGACGCUGACACAAAGGCUGAGGCAAUUACAUUCACAGUUGUGCAGCCCCCUCGACACGGCCUGAUUGAACACACCAGCAAUGGGCAGCAUUACCACCAAACCACCACCUUCACAAUGGAUGACAUUUACCAGAACCGCAUCAGCUACAGUCACGAUGGAAGCAACUCGCUGAAGGAUCGCUUUGCUUUCACUGUGUCUGAUGGGACCAAUCCCUUCUUCAUUAUGGAGGAUGGGGGGAAAAAGGUUAUGACAGCAGCACCACAGCGCUUCAGAAUGGACAUUCUCCCUGUGGAUGAUGGGACACCCAGGGUGGUCACCAACCAGGGUUUGCAAUGGCUGGAGUACGUGGAUGGCAAGGCAACCAAUCUAAUCACUAAGAAGGAAUUAUUGACCACAGAUCCCGACACAGAUGACAAACAGCUGAUCUAUGAGAUAACAAAUGAUCCCAGGAAUGGUUAUGUGGAGAACAAGCUGAAACCAGGAACAACUGUGACCACAUUUUCUCAGGAGGAUGUGAACCAGGGCCUCAUUUGGUAUGUGUUGCAUGAGGAGAAGGUUCAGGAAACUACCGACAGUUUUCAGUUCCUCGUGAAGGACAGCAAACCCAAUGUGGUCCAUGGCAAUGUCUUCCACAUCCAGUGGUCUCUCCUCAGCUUUACGUACAGCAGCUACAACGUCAGUGAGAGUGCUGGCUCUGUGAGCGUCACCGUGCGGCGGAUUGGUAACCUCAACCAGUAUGCCAUUGUCUUGUGCCGCACCGAGCAGGGAACAGCCACUUCCAGCUCUGGUUCACAGUCCGGAGAGCAGGACUAUGUGGAGUACGCAGGGCAGGUGCAGUUUGAGGAGUGGGAAGACACCAAGGCCUGCACCAUCGUCAUUAACGAUGAUGACGUCUUUGAGAGCACCGAGAGCUUCACUGUGGAGCUCAGCAUGCCAGCCUAUGCUCUGCUGGGAAACAUCACCCAGGCCACAGUCACCAUCACAGACACUGAGGAUGAGCCCAUGCUGCAGUUCGACAGGAAGACGUACCACGUCAGUGAGAGCGCUGGGUUUCUCUCUGCACCUGUUGAAAGGAAAGGAGAUGCUGGAAGCACUGUGUCUGCUGUCUGCUACACUGUCCCCAAAUCAGCUAAGGGAAGCAGCCUUUAUAUGCUGGAGUCUGGCUCUGACUUCAAGUCCCGAGGGAUGACAGAAGACAGCCGCAUAGUUUUCGGACCAGGUGUUACCAUGUCAACGUGUGAUGUCAUGCUGAUCGAUGACAGUGAAUAUGAAGAAGAAGAGGAGUUCGAGAUAGUAUUGGCCGAUGCUUCGGAAAACACACGCAUUGGAAGCCGGGCUUCAGCCAGCGUUUUCAUCAGUGGUCCAAAUGAUGCCUCAACAGUGUUCCUGGGAAAUGCCACAUUCACCGUCAGCGAGGCUGCAGGAAACAUUGAAAUUCCAGUUCUCCGGCAUGGACCUGAUCUUUCAACACCCACCUCAGUGUGGUGUGCCACUCGGACAUCAGACCCUCCAUCUGCCAGCCCAGGAGUUGAUUAUGUCCCCAGCUCCAGAAAAAUAGAGUUCAGGCCAGGCAAGACGGAAGAGUUCUGCACUCUGACAAUCCUGGAUGAUGCUCAGUACCCAGUGAUAGAAGGGCUGGAGACAUUUGUUGUUUAUCUCAGCUCACCCCAUGGAGCUGAGCUGAUAAAGCCCUUCCAAGCAAUUGUGGCCAUUAAUGACAUCAUCCAAGAUGUACCAAGCAUGCAGUUCACCAAGGAUGUGUUCACAGUGAGGGAAAAGGAGGGUGCACUACACAUCCCCAUCAUCCGCACCGGCGACCUGAGCUAUGAGUCCUCUGUGAGGUGCUACACCCAGAGCCAGACAGCAGAAGUCAUGGAGGACUUUGCAGAGAGGAGAAAUGCAGACGAGUCCCGUAUCACUUUCUUGAAAGGGGAGAAGGUGAAAAACUGCAGUGUUUACAUCAGAGAUGACUCUGCCUUUGAACCAGAGGAGCAGUUCCAUGUUUAUCUUGGUAGUCCGCUUGGAAACCAUUGGAGUGGAGCUAGGAUUGGGAAGACAGACAUGGCAACUGUGACCAUCACCAAUGAUGAAGACGCACCCACCAUUGAGUUUGAGGAAGCUGCAUACCAAGUACGGGAGCCACCUGGACCAGAGGGCGUCACUGCUUUAAAUAUCAAAGUGGUCCGGAGAGGAGAUCAGAACAGGACCUCAAAAGUGCGCUGUAGCACUCGUGAUGGCUCAGCUCAGGCCGGAGUGGAUUACUACCCUAAGAGUCGAGUGCUCAAAUUCAGCCCAGGUGUGGACCACAUCAUGUUUAAGGUGGAGAUUAUGUCCAACGAAGAUCGGGAAUGGCACGAGUCCUUUUCUCUGGUGCUGGGUCCAGAUGACCCAAUAGAAGCUGUUCUUGGAGAUACCAGCACUGCAACAGUGACUAUUUUGGAUCAGGAGGCAUCAGGCAGCCUGAUUCUGCCAGCACCUCCUGUGGUUGUCUCCCUGGCUGAUUAUGACCGUGUGGAAGAAGCGACCAAGAAUGGUGCUAAGAAAUCCCCUUCUCCAGGCUAUCCGCUCAUCUGUGUCACUCCCUGUGACCCUCACUUCCCCAAGUUCAUGGUCAUGAAGGAGCGCUGCAGCGAGGCUGGGAUCAACCAGUCUUCCAUACAGUUCAGCUGGGAAGUAGCAACCCCCACAGAUGGGAAUGGGGCCAGGUCGCCAUUUGAAACCAUCACUGACAACACACCAUUCACCAGUGUCAACCAUAAGGUGCUGGACAGCAUUUAUUUCAGCCGGCGGUUCCACGUGCGCUGUGUGGCCAAGGCUGUGGACAAGGCUGGCCAUGUGGGCACCCCCUUGAGGAGCAACGCAGUUACUAUAGGGACAGACAGUGCCAUCUGUCACACUCCUGUGGUCGCUGGGACAGCUCGAGGCUUCCAGGCACAGUCAUUUGUUGCCACUCUGAAGUACCUGGAUGUCAAACACAAGGAGCAUCCCAACAGGAUCCACAUCUCGGUUCAGAUCCCGCACCAGGAUGGUAUGCUGCCUCUCAUCUCCACCCUGCCGCUACACAAUCUGCAUUUCCUACUCUCUGAGUCCAUCUACAGACACCAGCAUGUCUGCUCGAACCUGGUCACCAUCAGAGACCUUAAAGGCAUCUCAGGUAACCUUUUAAAACCAGCUUUUAUUUGCACAACAGGGGAGUAUAGAGAAACCAGUAACAAUAAUACACAGCAAGCUCUGUCUUCCUUUGGGCUCAGUUGAUAUUAUGGAAAUAAUAAUUCCUGUAAUAAAUAACCUUCCUGUGCUAAUAGCAAUGAUGCUCUGUUGUAACAGAGUUGCUCUGUUGAAAAUGAGGUACUGCACAGGAAUGUUUAAAUUAUAACAGGGCUAAGCAGCAUUGCUGCUUGAAGAGGCUGUAGGUUCACAUCAUGUUGCUGAUGUUCGCAGAAUCACAAAAUUGU